AUGUCUGGCCGCGGUAAAGGAGGAAAAGUCAAGGGAAAGGCAAAGUCCCGAUCAUCUCGUGCCGGACUUCAGUUCCCAGUCGGUCGUAUCCAUCGUCUGCUCCGCAAGGGCAACUACGCAGAACGUGUCGGAGCUGGAGCUCCCGUCUAUCUGGCCGCUGUCAUGGAAUAUCUGGCAGCUGAAGUGUUGGAAUUGGCAGGAAACGCCGCUCGUGACAACAAGAAGACCCGUAUCAUCCCGCGUCAUCUUCAGUUGGCAAUCCGUAACGACGAGGAAUUGAACAAACUGCUUUCGGGCGUCACCAUCGCUCAGGGAGGUGUUCUGCCAAACAUCCAAGCCGUUUUGCUGCCCAAGAAGACCGAAAAGAAGGCUUAAACUAGGAUCAUCUCUUCUUCAAAUCAAACCGUCCUUUUCAGGACGACAAACAUUUAUGUUAAGGGUUUAAUGAUACUUUUGAUUUUCUCAGUCCCGUGCAGCCUCUUAUGACAAAAUUAUACCAUAUUUUGCAAUCACGCCUUGCAAACAAUCCCGAAAAAGUUAAAAAGUUAAAAUCUCGGUUAGAAAUUUUCCGAUCACUAUUCUUAAUGCUUGGCCAACCAUUAGAGCACAUUCUGAACCCAUCCACAUUUCCGAUCAUUCAAUGGAAUUUCAGGGAAAAGAUUAGAUGAAAAUUGAUGUUGAAAAUCAUGCGGCAAAAAUAGCUUUGGUUCCCGAUAGGACUUGAUCCACAUCUUGCGCCUCUCCGGGGCCUAAAGUAUGGACGCAUUAAGAAGGGUCUA